UCUGAACGCAUCCAAGCUUUGACAUUUGACGCAAAUACUUCCAAAACACUAGAAUUAUUCAGAAUUUAGCCGGAUCAAAAUCUGGAUUAUUAAAUAAUGUUCACAAAUGCUAUACGAGCAAUAUAGUCCAAGAUGAUAAAAAUAAACGCUCUAAACGCAUACUCGGAAGAGGAGAGCGGUUCCGAAGAAGAAGUAACUAGAGAGGCGCUGGAAGAAAUUGCACUCCAACAGUACGCUAAAGCUCUCGAACUUCAAAGAAAAGGUAAUCUCAAAGAUGCAACACAAUUGCUGAAAGAUCUUCUUGAUACAGAACUGUUGGAUGAAGUAAAGACGCCUGCGCAAGGUGAAAAAGCCACAGGCCCGCUUUUGAAGUUAAAAUAUCUAUGUUAUAAAAACUUAGCUUCUAUGUUGAGUGCGGCUGGCGAUAAUGAGGCUGCUAUAGAGGCGUACUGUUCUGCGUCAGAACUGGACGACACAGAUAUCACUUUGUGGCAUAAAUUAGGACAACUUUGCAUGAAUGUAAAACGUUAUGAAAUGGCCCUACAUGCGUUCCAACGCGGCACUGAACGGAAUCCGCGCUAUUGGCCAUGCUUGGAUAAAAUUAUUAUACUACUCCUUGGCUUAGGCUAUAAAGAAGAAUGUAUUGCAACAAUUCAUGAUGCAUUGAGCUUGGAUCCGGGAUAUUUAAGGGGAUUAGUAUAUAGAAAACAUAUUUAUAAAACAUUUCCAUACAUUAAAGAUUAUAUGGAAUAUCUGAACCCAGUGUACAAAUGGGAUGAGAAAGUUGAUGAGCCCAUAGAUGAAGAGAGAGCUGCAAAAUUACUUGAAGAAGCUCACAACAUACAUGAGGCAUAUUUAGAACAAUUGAGGACCGAUAAAUUUAAGUAUACACUGCCAGAACUGAAACUGAAGAAGCCUAUAUCUGAAUUAACUUGGAGUUCUGUUGGAGACUCUCUUGUACACAUGCAUAAUUAUAUGUCAGAAAAUUACUUUAGUCAUGCUUGCUUUGUAGAGCUGGUAUUUCAUAAAGAAGAAAAAGUUGAAGUAAUGGAAGUCUGUGAAGAGCCCAUUGAGCCUGAAGCAGUUGAUGAUAAGCCUGAAGACAACCCUGAAGCUGAGAAAAAAGAAGAUAAUGUAUCUGAAAAUGAAAAUAAUGAUAUGUCAGAUAAAGCUACAACCGAUAAUGAGAAAGUUGUAACAGACAAUGAAAAAGUUGAAAGUGAUGUUGAGGUGAUAAAUAUAGAUCCUUCAACUGAGGCUCAACCAGAACCUAAGACACAAAAGAAAGCACCAGUUAGAAGAAGAGGUAGUGCUCUCAGCUUCCUUCAGCAGUGGGAGUGGUGUAACAAACGCCGGUCUGGUCGAAAGAAACCUGCCAACAGACAAGAUGCAGAUGACAACAUUUAUGACACUCUUCGAAAAAUGAUACCAGUGGUCUUAUCACCUGAAAUGAUUCAAAAAAAGGAAAAUCAAGAAAGAGAGACUUCACCAGAUACAACGGAUUUGGAAAAACUUUUCAGUGAAAAUGAGCAAGAACAGAAAGAAACAGAACAAUACUUUGGUACAGAAAAUGAAAACAAAGAUGUCAAAGAAUUUAUUAAUAAAUACACAGAGGUUAAAAAAGAUAUGAUUGACUUGAUGAAGGACUUUCUAAAUAUAUUGAGUCAGAAAUGGAGAUUGAAAUGGCCUGAUGAUUUGCCAAACAUUUUUAUUGAAGUUAACAAAUGCUAUAAAAAUCACACUGACAUCCCAGCAUGUACUGACAACAAUAAAGAAGAUUUACUCCAUUAUACAACAGUUAAUAUAUUAGCUGAAGAAUUUUCUGUUAACAAAUUGAUUUCAGAUAAGACUGAAAAUGAUAGUCAUAAUUUAUCUGUAAUUGAAUCAAUUGGCAUCAUUCUUUCUUUAAGCCCUCAUAUAUUUUCGGGCACUGAUUGCUUGGAGCUUACAUUACGCUAUCAUUGGGUCAAGAUACACACCCAUAUUUUAAACAAAUGUAAAGAUUUUGCUCUGGAUAGUUUAUAUGACAUGCUAUAUGAAUUUGAAGCAAUGGGGGACCAACAUGACACCUUCAGUCUAAGUGUACCUAAUUUUACAUUCAAGCCAAUCAUUAAUGAAACUGAAAUUUUGGCAUCAAUAAAAUUCUUGGAAAGGAACAACAGAUUAUCUACUGUCAUGGACCUCUAUGAAAAGGGCAAGUAUGAGGAAGUAUUGUUAAUUGUAACAGAAUCCUUUGAACACUGUAAGGAUAUUAUCAAGAAAGAAGAUGAUGAGAUGUCUUUAGAUUUUGCUCUACAACUCUUCAUAAUAUUGGAUUCUUACUGGGCUUUAGACAAAGUUGAAGAGUGCUUUAAAUGGUCUUUGAUCUGCUUACAUGAGGCACUGAAACAUUACUUUAGAGUUACUUCUGGUUCUCAAGAUUAUGAAAAGUGGACUCUGACAGUUGUAAAGAUUUUAUGUUGUAUGGAACACAUAUUGUCCACUGAGGGCCUGUCUUGCUUGGAAUGUGUCUCCAAUAAAGAGCUUAGCCAAGGCUUGGAAGACAUUAUCAGAAUUAUUGGUCAUCAAGUUGAGACUAAUUCUUCAGAGAUGCCAUUUAGUACCGUAGCUCCCUGGAUCAUUAUGCAUUAUAUCCUACAAAGAGAAGAAGAUCAGGGAAGGAGUAGGCCAUUUGACAAAGAUAAAGAGGCAUGUGAUGAGAUACCAAACCCACUCCUGAUUUUAUUUAUUGGUCAUGAAAAGUUAGGAGAAAGAGGAUGGUGCUGUAACUCUGAAGGCAAGCUACUUUAUUUUAUUUUAGACACCGUGGUACCGCGAUUACGAUCGCCUUCAUUAGCAAAAAGUUUGGAGCAAAUCACGCAGCAUAUGGAGCAGUGUGUGUACUGUUUAUUUGCCCAUCCUGGCAAAAAGAAUAAGUUGAAAUACUUAGUGGACCAUAAUAUCAAUCCCCAUACAUUAGAUUGGAUGAGAGCUCAGCAAUUGUAUGAAAUAUUUAAGCCUCCAAUACUACCAAAAGCUUUGGAGGGAAAAAUUCCCGGUAUAACUUCAGAUACGGAACAACUUUUCCGUCGGAUACUAGAGUUGUUGCCUCCAGAAUGCGACUGUCAAAAACACGUUCCAGAGAUUGAAAAAUACAUAAAAGGUGUUGAGGAAAAACUUCCUUCAAUCAUACCAACUUUACCAUACAAAUUAAAAGAUAUUUACUAUUUAUUGGGUGAUUAUUAUUUUAAAAAAGAAGAAUAUAAAAUGGCGAUUAAGUACAACAUGUUAGAUGUGCUCAUUAACAAUGACCGCUUAGAAUCUUGGGCAGUAAUAGGACUGUCUAAAAAUGUUCACAUGGGGAUAUUGUUAAAUUCUUGUCAAAAUAUAAGUAAUGAAAGGGAAUUUCUCAAUUCAGCUAAAGCUAUAAAAAGAUGCUUCGAACGGGCAUUGGAACUUGAUCCUACGCAUUGCACCUUGUGGACCGAAUAUGGCAUAAUUGUUUAUACGGUGCAUUCAUUUUGUUCAAGGAUAUUAAAGCAAGCGUCUGAAUCCUUUAGCAUGGAAGAUUUUGCCGCGAUGGAAAAAGAGACUAAGGACAUGUUGGAUACGACACAAAAAUGUUUCACUACAAUAUGGAAUCUCAACAACAGUAAUACCAUGGAGUCCUGGCUUCAUUGUUACAUGCUCGGAAAAGUUUCGGAGAAACGUAAUAAAUCGCCAUCUGUGUACAUGGAUUACUAUAUGAAAGGUGUACAAUAUUUGCAGGAAUCGGGUGCUAUUUAUCCAUCGAAAAUAAACUAUAACGCGGCCACUUAUAUGUGCUACGAGGUGUUAGAACUUCAUUACAGAAUUCAUGCGUCAAUUCUUAAAUACAUAGAACAACACGAAAAUAAACCAAUACCCGUUUCAAUUGGUAAAGUGUUUACACAGUGUAUAGAAGAUUGGAAGGGGGGACCGUUUUACAAAAAGCCCAAAAAAGAUGGUGUGAGUGAAACCGAGAGUGAACCUAAUAAGCCUAAAGAACCCUCUGUGCAGGCAGCAAAUAUUUUGAAACGGUCGGUCAGCGACUCGGGAGAAGAUGAUACACAUGAAGUAAAAAGAUUAAAGUUGGAAGCCGCGGCAGCUAAGGUGCGGCGAUCAGCAUCUUAUGAUACAGAGCGACUAAAUAAACAACCUGUGCAAGAAGUACCUAAAUUUGUUGCGACGGUAGAGAAGAAAGCAGAUCCGCCCAUGCAACCAGAACCUGAACAAAAAACUGAUGUCGAAUCAAAGAAAUCUGAAGAAAGUACACAAGAAAAACCCGAGCAAGUUGAUCAGAAGAAACAAGAGACAGAUAUGGAGAAAAAGGAAGAUAGCUCGAGUUUAUCGUCCUCGUCGUCGUCGUCAGAUUCGAGUUCCAGUGACUCUUCGUCGGAUAGCAGCAGCGACUCGAGCAGGGAUAGCGCUGUAUCUGUUGAAUCAAACAAUGAUUCUAAUCCUAUGUCAGAAGAAGAAAUCAUGAAAAUCAUAUCUGCUUGUCUCGAUGCUCUAGAAGAUUGCACCAGCAGGUAUCCACAGCAUUAUAAGGCCAUUUAUCGAUUGGCACACUACCAUUUUUAUAGUAAAAGAGGAAAAGAUAUCGAAAGAUGUAGAGAUCUCAUGUUGUCUAACUUUAUAUCAAGGUCAGGACACAAGUUGGCAGGACUAUUCAGCGAACGUAAAAGUUCAAACUUUUUUAACAACAUAUGGAAAAUACGAUCACACGAAAUAGAUAGAGCGGGUAGUUUCUCUUUCCAUAUGAGCCGUUCUAUUCAACUUACAAUGGAGAUACUAAAAGAAAUUGAUGACCAUAAGUCGUUGCUUGAUUUGAGUUUACAACUGCAAAGGAUACCGGAACCUGAUAAGAAGUAUUUAAGAGAUUCAGACAGGGAGGAAUUAGCACAUCAGGCUUUCUCCUUGUGUAUUCAGUCUUUAAAAGGCCAACUUACGAAAUUUAGUCAACAAGCUGACUUACAAAGCAACGAAGUCGAGAGGCAAGCUUUAAAUAGUCUUAUGCUUGAUAUCUACAGAGCGUACCAGAGAGCUCAAAAGCAAAUCAAUUCAAAACAAUUUACAAACCUGCUCAUAGAGGGAUACAAAUUGGUAACGACUGAAACAAUAACCGAAACUAUGAAUCUUGUAGACCUUAGUAUGAAGUAUUGUCAGAAACUCAUUCAGAAAUUGAAACAUGAAGCAACAAUGGCAUGUUUGGACAAGACUCAAAACGCGCAGAAAAAACAAGCUACUAAAAUCGUUGACACAGUCAAGCCUACUGUUCCUACUGUAGCUACAACAAAGGCAGAUUAUAAGGCACCCACACCAACACCAACUGCUUCAGCCUCAGGACUACCGAAGAUAUCAGCUAGUGAGAUGGCAGCCGCCUUUCAGACAUACCUACCUAUGCUCAACGACCCCAUGGUAUCCCCUCAAACGGCUGCUGCGUUAUCCUACUUAAGUAACAUGGCUUUAGCAAGUUACGCGCCUUUCCAAAACACAUUGCAAUCCUCGCUACAAAGUACUCUUCAAAAUUCAUUUCAAGCUGAAUUCUACCGUCAGUUUUUGGAGAAAAGCUUCUCGUCAUACAUGCCACCAACGAAAAAGCAGAAACGUGGUCCAAAGCCACAGCAAUCACACGUCAGAUCCGCUAAUGUCCAAACUAAAUCAAAUCCAGCAAAAUCUUAUUCAUCUGCCGUGCCCAACUUAACAAAGACGGCUUCUACCUCCACAAUACCUACAGCGCAGAAAUCGUCUUCAUUAGCGCCUAGUAUGGGCACAGUGUUGUCAUCUUUGCCAGCAUCCAUGUCGGCAAAUCUGGCUACAUUCAGCGGACAUACUGCGCACACAAGUGGACAUUCUUCUUUGCCUGUACAAGCGCACAUGUCCAGUACGCCUGCGGUAAACGUGCCCAUACACUCGAAGCCACCGAUGCCGCAUCAGCAAGUCAGUCCGGGCAAGACGUUGCAGGAGAAGCUAGCUGAGAGGCAAAAACACUUGCCUCUAUCGAAGACUGCGCAAGAAAUCAAUGCUUCUAUAAGUAAAUUGCCCUCUUCCUUAACCAUUACGAAGACUUCUGUGCCCAAAUCUAUGCAGCCUAAAAAAGCAGAGGCCAAGAAAACUUUGCCGUUUAGCGUGCCGGAGAGACCAAAGCCUAUCACCACGGAUGAGGUCAUUGUUCUUGAUGACGACUAAUGACUUAUACAAUUAGCAGUAGAUGAGUUAAUAAACUGCCUGAACGCUUAUGUAGCUGAUUGUUUUGUGUAAUAGGAUCAUAUGAAAUAUUGAAAGAGCAGUGUAAACUAAACUUUGUAGGUAUCUUCUUGAGAUGGAUUUCAGAUAAUAUUCUAUGAAAGUUCAUAUAUUAAAUGAUGUAACUGUAAAUCAUUAGAUAGGUAGCACAGCUUUUUACAGUCCCAUAUAAACGACUGAUCAUGCAAUGAAAAAAAAUAUUAUGGUGGUAUAAUUUUAUUAUACUUAUUACAAAAUUAUUACACUAAUAUUUACAAUAAUUGAUGAAACAUUUUGAAUAACAUAUUUAUUGUAGUGUUUCACUAGUAACUAGCGAAACAUGUGAAGGAUUGCAAAAAAAUGCUAUUGAAAUAAAUUAUUAUAAGUUA